CUGGGCAUGCGCAGGGGGUGAACCGCCGGGUCCGCUUAGGGAGUAGUGACGAGUCCGGAAGCGCCUGCGCGCGCCCCUCGACAGGAGAAGUAGUUUUGUUCCGUGUCAUCCUGACUGGAGACCUUCUGAGAGAACCCCGGGCAGAGCCAAUCCGAUACCCGCCAGCACUGCGGCAAUGUCUAGCAACAGCUUCGCUUACAAUGAGCAGUCUGGAGGAGGGGAGGCAACGGAGCUGGGUCAGGAGGCGACCUCAACCAUUUCCCCCUCGGGCGCCUUCGGCCUCUUUAGCAGCGACUUGAAGAAAAAUGAAGAUCUAAAGCAAAUGUUGGAGAGCAACAAAGAUUCUGCUAAGCUGGAUGCAAUGAAGCGGAUUGUUGGGAUGAUGGCAAAAGGGAAAAAUGCAUCGGAACUGUUUCCUGCUGUUGUAAAGAAUGUGGCCAGUAAAAAUAUUGAGAUCAAGAAGUUAGUAUAUGUUUACCUGGUCCGAUAUGCUGAAGAACAGCAGGAUCUGGCACUCUUGUCCAUAAGUACUUUUCAGCGAGCUCUGAAGGAUCCAAACCAACUAAUCCGUGCAAGUGCUUUGAGAGUUCUGUCCAGUAUCAGAGUGCCAAUUAUUGUACCUAUCAUGAUGCUUGCUAUUAAGGAAGCUGCUGCUGACUUAUCACCAUAUGUUAGGAAGAAUGCAGCCCAUGCAAUACAAAAAUUGUACAGCCUUGAUCCAGAGCAGAAGGAGAUGUUAAUUGAAGUAAUUGAAAAACUUCUUAAAGAUAAAAGCACACUGGUAGCUGGCAGUGUUGUGAUGGCUUUUGAAGAAGUAUGCCCGGAUAGAAUAGAUCUGAUUCACAAGAAUUACCGCAAGCUAUGUAAUUUACUAGUUGAUGUAGAAGAGUGGGGACAGGUUGUAAUAAUCCACAUGCUAACUCGAUAUGCUCGUACACAGUUUGUCAGUCCUUGGAAAGAGGAUGAUGGUGUAGAAGACAAUGAGAAGAACUUCUAUGAAUCUGAUGAUGAAGAGAAGGAGAAGACUGAAAAAAGAAAGAAGCCAUAUACUAUGGAUCCAGACCAUAGACUCUUAAUUCGGAACACAAAGCCUUUGCUACAGAGCAGGAAUGCGGCGGUGGUUAUGGCAGUUGCUCAGCUCUUUUGGCACUUAUCACCAAAAUCUGAAGCUAGUAUUAUUUCUAAAUCACUAGUGCGUUUACUUCGUAGCAAUAGGGAGGUGCAAUAUAUUGUCCUACAGAAUAUAGCAACUAUGUCAAUUCAAAGAAAGGGUAUGUUUGAACCUUAUCUGAAGAGUUUCUAUGUUAGAUCAACUGACCCAACUAUGAUCAAGACACUGAAGCUUGAAAUUCUGACAAACUUGGCAAAUGAAGCCAAUAUAUCAACUCUUCUUCGAGAAUUUCAGACCUAUGUGAAAAGCCAGGAUAAGCAGUUUGCAGCAGCCACUAUUCAGACUAUAGGCAGGUGUGCAACCAACAUCUCAGAAAUCACUGACGCAUGCCUCAAUGGCCUGGUGUGUCUGCUGUCCAACAGGGAUGAAAUAGUUGUUGCUGAAAGUGUGGUUGUUAUUAAGAAAUUACUGCAAAUGCAACCUGCACAACAUGGUGAAAUCAUUAAACACAUGGCCAAACUCUUGGACAGCAUCACUGUUCCUGUGGCUAGAGCAAGUAUUCUUUGGCUAAUUGGAGAAAAUUGUGAACGAGUUCCUAAAAUCGCCCCUGAUGUUUUGAGGAGGAUGGCUAAAAGCUUCACUAGUGAAGAUGAUUUGGUAAAACUGCAGAUUUUAAAUCUGGGAGCAAAAUUAUAUUUAACCAACUCCAAACAGACAAAAUUGCUUACCCAGUACAUAUUAAAUCUCGGCAAGUAUGAUCAAAACUACGACAUCAGAGACCGUACAAGAUUUAUUAGGCAGCUUAUUGUACCGAAUGAGAAGAGUGGAGCUUUAAGUAAAUAUGCCAAAAAAAUACUCCUAGCACAAAAACCUGCACCGCUGCUUGAGUCACCUUUUAAAGAUAGGGAUCAUUUCCAGCUUGGCACCUUAUCUCAUACUCUCAACACUAAAGCUACUGGGUACCUGGAAUUAUCUAAUUGGCCAGAGGUGGCGCCCGACCCGGCAGUUCGAAAUGUAGAAGUAAUAGAGUUGGCCAAAGAAUGGACACCAGCAGGAAAAACAAAGAAAGAGAAUCCUAGUAAAAAAUUUUAUUCUGAGUCUGAGGAGGAAGACGGGUCUUCUGACAGCAACAGUGACAGUGAGAGUGAAUCUGGAAGUGAAAGUGGAGAACAAAGUGAGGAAGGAGACAGUAGUGAUGACAGCAGUGAAGACUCUUCCAGUGAUAGUGGUAGUGGGAGUGAAUCAGAACUAGAAAACAAAAGAACAGCCAAGAAGAACGCUAAAAAUAAAGGAAGAAGUGAUUCUGAAGAUGGAGAGAAGGAAAAUGAAAAAUCUAAAACUUCAGAAUCUUCCAGUGCUGAAUCAAGUUCAGUAGAAGAAAGUUCUUCAGAUUCUGAAUCGGAAUCAGAAUCCGCAAGUAAACCUGAGUCCAGAAAAGUCACUAAGGAGAAAGAAAAAACAAGACAAGAUAGAAAUCCUGUUACCAAAGAUGUUUCACUUCUAGAUCUAGAUGAUUUUAACCCAGUCUCCACUCCAGUUGCUCUUCCCACACCUGCUCUGUCUCCAAGCUUGAUAGCUGAUCUUGAAGGUUUAAAUUUGUCAGCUUCUUCAUCAGUCAUCAAUGUCAGUACUCCUGUCUUUGUACCAAUGAAAACUCAUGUGAUGCUUCAUCGAAUGAGUGGAAAAGGACUAGCUGCCCAUUAUUACUUUCCAAGGCAGCCUUGCAUUUUUGGUGAUAAGAUGAUCUCAGUACAAAUAACACUGAAUAAUACUGCUGAUCGAAAGAUAGAAAAUAUUCACAUAGGGGAGAAGAAACUUCCUACAGGCAUGCAAAUGCAUGUUUUUAAUCCAAUAGAAUCUCUUGAGCCUGAGGGAUCUAUUACUGUUUCAGUGGGUAUAGACUUUUGUGAUUCUACUCAGACUGCUAGUUUCCAGUUGUGUACCAAGGAUGAUUGCUUCAAUGUUAGUAUUCAGCCACCUGUUGGAGAACUACUUUUACCUGUAGCCAUGUCAGAGAAAGAUUUUAAGAAAGAGCAAGGAAUGCUAACAGGAAUGAAUGAAACUUCUACUAUAAUUAUUGCCGCACCACAGAAUUUCACUCCCACUGUGAUACUUCAGAAGGUAGUAAAUGUAGCCAACGUAGGUGUAGUCCCUUCUGGCCAAGAUAGUAUAUACAGGUUUGCAGCUAAAACUGUGCACAGUGGGUCACUGAUGCUAGUCACAGUGGAACUGAAGGAAGGCUCUACAGCACAGCUUAUCAUAAACACUGAGAAAACUGUGAUUGGUUCUGUUCUGCUGCGGGAGCUGAAGCCUGUCCUGUCCCAGGGGUAACCUGCUUACAUCUGGACUUCAGAAUCUGGCACACAACAAAAGUGCCUGGCAUCCACUACUGCUGCCUUUCAUUUAUAAUAAUAGCCCUUCCAUCUGGCAGUGGGGGAAGAAUACACUCUUGACAUUCUUGUCUCCUGCUUUAGAAUGCUAGUGUGUAUCUAUCAUGUAUGCAGUACUUUCCCCUUUUUGCUUUGCUAACCAAAGAACAUAUAUUUUACUGUCAGUUAACUCUUGAAUCCAUGUGGCAUUUUCUCUGUCCUGCUACUUCUUGUGGCCUUCUUAUCUUCCUUUUCUUUCUCAACAAUGAUGGACAUGAGUUGGACAUUUCAAGUUCAUUGGAAAUCAUCUUCGUUUCAGCAGUAAGCAGAAAUUAGCAAAGAAAUAGUCUGGCCUUUCAGCUUGGUAUGUGAAAAUGGGAUGACAUACUUUUUAGAAUUAAGUGCAUAAACAACAAGAUCUAUGAAAAAAUUUGUUCUCUGAAUUUCCUGCUAUCAUAAUUGAGUAUUGACAGCUGUCAUCAUGAAAUUAUCACUGAAUAAUAAGAUAAAUAAACUAGCAUAUGAAUCACAUUUGUCUUUGCGUUUUUAUUGGAAACUAGUCGUGAUCUUGAAGUUCAUAUGCUGAGGGUCUUUGAAUUCUAAAGUAAAUAUUUUGAGUAUUAGAUUAUGCAGAGUAGCAGCAGGGUUUAGUUAGUAAAACAAAAGCCACUUUCAAACCAGGCAGAUUUUCUAAUUGUGUUAUAGAAUAGUUAACUCCAAGAAAAAGAAUUGGUAUGCUUAACAAAAACACCCUUUAUGUUGCAAAACAAAAUGUCUCCUGCCAUGCAGUUUGUAUCUAUUUUAGUAGAGAUCUGAUUAUAAGGUCUGUUAACAUCUGCUAAAUAAAUUCUUUGAAUCUCAUUGUUCCCUUAAAAAUCUUAAUGCCCAACUUUGACAGACUGAAACUCCUCUGAAAACUACUUAUUAUAAACUUAAUUGUAAAAAGUUUGAAAGCCAGUUAUGUGAUUAACAUGUUAGCGUUUUUCCCUAGAGCAUUUCUUUUAUUUUCUAAUACUUUUAUACAUUUUUAAAACCAGCUGAAAUUUUAUUUACCUUUUCCAUACAGAGUAAUGGGCUUUAAGAUAAUAUAUGGUAGUCAGUUCUCUUUGUAUAGAGCCUUAUAGAUAAUGGUAAAACCAGUAAAAA